AGAGUGAGUAAAGCUUAGUGUGUGUGUUUUCUUUCUGCCAUAUAUAGGGGCAAACUUGCUUCGAGACGAGCUUGUGUGUUAUAUAGUCUGAUCUAUCAGCAAACCUCUCUUUCUUUCAGUCUUUCUUUCUUCUAUACCCUCAGGACUAUAAGGAGGUCUGCAUACUUGGCCUGCUUCUGCCACAGUUGGAGGAAAAUUAUUGAACCUUUGAUAGAUUAUUUUGUCCUGUUGAUUUUGAAGAUCUGUUCAGUUGCUGGCAAACAUGGAAGGACUGAAUGACGUUCAUGAUGACGGAUCCUUCAUGUUCACCUCAGAGUCGGUGGGAGAAGGCCAUCCAGAUAAAAUAUGUGACCAAAUCAGUGACGCAGUUCUUGACGCACACUUGAAGCAGGACCCGGAUGCUAAAGUGGCCUGUGAGACUGUUUGUAAGACUGGCAUGGUACUUCUCUGCGGUGAGAUCACAUCUCGCGCCAACGUGGACUACCAGAAAAUUGUGCGGGACACCAUUAAACACAUUGGUUAUGACAACUCCGAAAAAGGUUUUGACUAUAAAACCUGCAAUGUUCUGGUGGCUCUCGAGCAGCAGUCUCCUGAUAUAGCGCAGGGCGUCCAUGUUGACAGACAUGAGGAAGAUAUUGGGGCUGGAGACCAGGGGCUCAUGUUUGGCUAUGCCACUGAUGAGACGGAGGAGUGCAUGCCGCUCACCAUUGUCCUCGCUCACAAACUCAACGCUAAAAUGGCUGAGCUACGGCGGGAUGGCACCAUCCCAUGGCUCCGCCCAGACUCAAAAACUCAGGUCACUGUGCACUACAAGCAGGAGAAUGGCGCUGUGAUUCCUUUGCGUGUCCACACAGUGGUCAUCUCCGUCCAACAUGACGACUACAUUUCACUGGAGGAGCAGAAGCGUAUUUUGAAGGAGAAGGUCAUCAAAGCUGUGGUGCCAGCAAAAUAUAUCGACGACAAGACCGUCUACCAUCUGCAGCCGAGUGGGCGAUUUGUCAUCGGAGGGCCUCAGGGAGACGCUGGUGUUACAGGUAGGAAGAUUAUUGUGGACACAUAUGGUGGAUGGGGGGCUCAUGGUGGUGGAGCCUUCUCUGGAAAGGACUACACCAAGGUGGACCGCUCUGCUGCCUACGCUGCACGCUGGGUGGCUAAAUCUCUGGUGAAGGCCAAACUGUGCAGAAGAGUUUUGGUUCAGGUGUCUUAUGCCAUUGGAGUCGCCCACCCUCUUUCAAUCUCCCUCUUCACCUACGGUUCAUCGGAAAAAACAGAGAAGGAGUUGCUACACAUCGUCAACAAGAACUUUGACCUCCGACCAGGUGUCAUUGUUAGGGACCUGAACCUGAAGAGGCCAAUCUACCAGAGCACCGCCUGCUACGGUCAUUUUGGCCGAUCAGAGUUCCCCUGGGAGAUGGCCAAGAGUCUCAAGGUUUAAAGAGAGAGGCGUGCAAGCCCUACCUUCAGUCAUUCAGUUGCUCGUUCCUUCUGUGCUCCUCUCCCAGCUGAUUUUGGUUCUCCUCCGGCAUAUUCUAUAUUUCAGAUUAGAUGAAUAUACUGUAAAUGUCAUGAGAAAUUAAAUCCAGUCAUUUUUUUAGAAGUCUGUUGAGAAAGGAUCCCUCACCACAUCAACACCCAUGACAAUCAAUCAUUCCUUAAAGCUGAAUUGUGUCAUAUUUUCUUUGUGUUAAAAUGCGUUUUCCUAUCCGAGUUUGGCAUAUAGAGACAGUAAUCAGUCAAAAAAUGUAAAUACUGUGGCUCAUCUGUGGUGACAUCAAAACAUUACUCUUUUAGCAGCAACACUAUGUUUCCACCCAAAGUUGUGAAUUUAAAGGUGCCGUAUGUAAUUUUUUUGGACUGUGCUAAAGCAUAAAAAUACCAUAUUAUGUUUGCAGAGAUUUAGGAAACAUGCUAAGUUCAAAUACUUGUUUCUCCGAACAAUUCUACAGCCAGUUAUUCUAUUUUGAAAUUGCAUUCAGUGUCAGCAUGACUGUUUUUGUUUUGGUCUGUGUAAUCCCACCCACUGCCAAUUUACCCAAUAGUAUUUCGACAACCCGGGUUGCCAGUUGGUGGAAAACACAGCGUAUUGCAGCCAUGGGAAGCUAGCAAACGAACUGGGUCAGAGAUCACACAUUAUAUAUGUAUACAUUAGCUGAUCAACUUACAGUGUAAGGCUUUGACGCUUUCCAUUGUCGAUUACGCUCGUUCCUGUUGCAUGUCUUCAAUCUGGCAACCUGCGUGAGCGUUGAGUCUGAUGAGGAGGGGGCAGAGGAAACAACUCUCCAAUAUUAUUAUUACAUACUGCACUUUUAAAUUGUGUGAAAAAUUGGAAAAUUGCAUAAAACAUCUGCGAAUAAAGCACUUUUUCCAUUCCAUGUGUUUGAGAGAAAAAAAUAAUCACUUCCUGGGAAAUUGGUGCAAAAUAUCUAUAUUAAAAAAUAGAAGUUGCUGCACUUGGAGGGAAGCCACUGUGGCUCUUUUUUGAAAAACAAUAAAUUAGGGGCCGUUGACACAACACCAUUUUCAACUAAAAACAGAUUUUAAAUUUUUUUUUUUUUUGCAUUUUGGCAGUUAAUUUACACAAUAACUGUGUUUGGGUGGCCUGAAAAUGCAAACUUUUGAAAACAGGAUUCAAAGUACAUGUUUUUGAAAGCCGUAUCAUUAUUGUCUCAGAGUAAACUACAAAAAUGCAAAUUUGUGAAAGACAUCACCAACUACUGGCCUGGCAGUAUAAUACAGCGUUUUGAAUCGUUUUCACAGAUCCGUAUGAACAGGGAUCGUUUUGACAACGUUGUCAUAAAGUGAAAAACGCAAAGGAAACUUUUCCAUUUUUAGUAACGUUACAUCGUUGUCUUGUAAUGUACCCUAACUUGAGCCUGAGACAAAACGUUAUGCUAUCUUGCAUUCGGAAGUGAAUUACUUAACCAUUUUGAUGACACUUUGUUUUCCAUCAAAAACUAAAGUCACUUCUUUUUCAAAAACGAUGUUUAAGAAUGUUCAGACCUUAUCAUCCAAACAAACAUACCUCUCCGCCAUCUUUAAGAUCACAUGAUCUGUUGAGGAUUCGAGUGAUUUAUUCGGUAAAUGUUUCCAUUGUAGUUAACGCGCAUGUCUUCUUAUCGGGGAAAAAAAUAUCCGCCUCAGUUGAGCACAUAUGUUUUUUAUGAACAUUUUUAGCAGUUUAUGCGCAUAUUGGCAUUUCCAUCCAGCGUUUUUUAUGCAAUGUUCCAAAAUUCACAUUAUAAUAGGUGGAUGGAAACAUAACUACUGCCUCAAGGCAUGAGUUUUGGGCGGGAUUAGGCCUAUGUAUUUUUCCGAUCAAUGGAAGACGGGGUGUUUUGGGAGGGGACACAUUUCAGCUUUAUAUUUCAAAAUUAUUUAAAUCAUAAUUUUUCAGUUUUUAUGACAUUUCUUUUUCUCUGUCUUGAGCUAAAUGAACUAUUUCAUAGCUUUUUCAUUGUGGCUGUAACCUGCUGUUGUGAGGACACAUGAAAUUGUGGACCAUUACAAGCUUAGGCUUUUUACAUGUUCUAUGGUCUGAGAAUCAUAUUUCCCUCAUCAUAUACUCACAGUCUUAAAAGGGUCUAAUUUGUGUGCCUUUUUCUUGCAUCAUAAGAACAUUUGCUUUUUAUGCUUUGACUGCAUCAUCUCAUUAUUGUUGGAUAAUGGCAGAGGGAUAUUAAUAUGAGAAUAUUGUUGUUUACAUGUACAGAUCCUGUGCUGGUCUUACAUUGAUUGUCACCACUGGAGAGUGAGCAUGUGUAUGUGUGUGUAUGUACUUCAAAUUAUGUUGCACACUUGAGAUGCGAAAGCCACUUUGUAAUCUCAUUUGUUCAACAGAGGCAUUAAUCCUCUUUUCUUUCAGAUUUUUAGUGUUUGUCUUUAAGAUUGAAUUUAAGAUCUGACAUGUAAAUAAUUGUGAAUAAUUAAAGUGUGGAAAAUUCUU